UGUACUAGGUUACCCUUCUUCUCUUUAGAGUAUUAUGUUCCUUGAUCUAAUAUCUACGUUAGGAUUUUUCCAAGUUUUUUAUUAGCUAUAAAAUACGUUAUGGUAUAAUUUCAUUUUAUACGUAAUUAAAAUAAUUUAAGUUAAUUAACCACAGAAACAACUAAAAUGAAUUCUUGGAAUAACGAAUACGCUAUGAUGAAUCAAUACGGAAUACCCAUAUCCAACAUGAUUCCACAAAUGGCAUCUCAAAUGUGCACAAUUCCUGAUGCAAAUAACCAAACCAACAACACAAGUGUAUCAACCAGCGCAGCACCUGCUCCUCUCAUCGGCCCUGUGUUACCUGAAGGCUUUCUUACUUCUAACAAUAGUACUGACGCCACAGAAUUGUCUCAAGAUGUACCAACAGAUUCCGCUAACAAUGGAAACGAUACACAAAAAAGUCGUAGGAAUGAUAGAUCCAGUAGAAAUGAUAGAAGGGAUCGUGACAGAGAUCAAGGGAGAUCAAGACGAAGAUCAAGGUCUCACGAUCGAAGUGACAGGAACAGCAGAAGAAGGAAUGACCGUACAAGCAGAAGGGAUAGAAGUCGACAAAGGUCAUCCAAAUGGGACAAUGAUGCAAGCAAUCAAGGAUUGAACCAAAAUGCUACCAUGCCUGAUUAUUCAAAUAUGAUGAUUCAAGGAAUGAUUCCUUAUAACAACAUGAUGACGCAGUCUACAAUGGAUGUGAACAUGCAGACCAUGCCAGGCAUGAUGACUGGCAUGAAUAUGAUGCCCAACAUGAUGGAGCACAACAUGAUAUUAAUGCAACAACAGAUGCUGAAUUGCCAGCCAAUACCAAUAUCCAGUGGUAGCUUGCUGGCACCCCUUCCUAAUGUUACCAUUCCACCACGUAGAGAAAAGCCUCCUGGCUGCCGUACCAUAUUCGUAGGAGGACUACAACCAGAAGUCACAAAGGACACAGUAACUGAGAUAUUCCAGCGUUUCGGAGAUAUUUCUGACAUAAAAAUACACAGGCAAGGUGUCUGUCACUUGCGUUUUGCAAAGGCAGAGAGUGUGGAGCAGGCAUUCUAUAUGUCAGGAUACAGGUUCAAAUUCAAUCACCAGGUGGAUAAUGAAGCAACGACUAUUUUUGUUGAUUAUGCAUUGAAUCGUGAAGAUCAGAUUGAGAGUGAAAGAAAUAAGUAUAAGCAUACAGCUCCGGUUCGUAUCGAGGCUUUCAAUGCAACCAACCUUGCCAGCGUUGUGAACAAGAUCAAGAGUGAUGAUCAGUUUGCUGAAGCAGCCCCAACCCUUCUCAGCUGGUUGGAACGUGGCGAGUGCAACAAGAAAAAUGUCGGUUCCUUUUACUCCAUGAUACAAGCGAGCAACAAUCAGAUACGGCGACUUUUAAAUGAGAAGAUGCUGCUUGAUGAUGAGUUUCAGAACCUAAAGACUACCGUAAAGGAUAAAUUCUCUAGUGUGUUGGUGCAAUUCGAGCAGAUUGCAAGUAUAAUGGCGGCGGCGAGGCACCAGCGUGUCUCCGAUCACUUCAGUAAGCAGCAACGCCGGAAUAUUGAGAUGUGGCUCAAAAUUACAGAGGAGGUGGAGAACAUGAAGGACGAAUUUAAUCUAUACUUCGACGAGGAAGAAGUAGAAAAAAUAGGGAAAUCCGUUGUUUCUUUGGAGAAAUAUGAGAAAUUGAAGCUGGAACAUGAAAAUCUGAUGUUUGAGUUAGAAGGCUACAAGAAUGAGGCUCACUUGGCGAAAGACGAGGCCGAGAGAAAGUUCGAGAAGUUCAAAGCCCACUUCAUCGCUCAACAGGCUCUACAAAACAAACAGCCGGUCUAUCCACCUCUGCCGGCACAAGUAGUUCCAACGCACAUACUGCAGUCUUCGGCAUCGAACUCGAGCAGUUCAUAUAAUCAACCACCCCUGCCAACCCCUAACGCUACAUAUAAACCAUUACCGCCUCCCCCAACGCCAGAUGACAUGAUAUCAUCGACGCACUCUGGACUUUCAAUGUCAGAAGUGAAACUAAUUAGUAUGUUGACGAUGUUUCUUACAGCACAUCCACUUGGUGCCACUUUAGAUUAUAUCGUCUCAUAUUUAAGGUCCAUGUUGCCGUACGUGAACCAUGUAAUUGUACACGAAACACUGCAGAAAUAUCCUGAUGUCUUCAGUUGCAACACCUCAGGGAUUGGAACCUCUAUUGAACAAAAAUGGACCUUUGUGACCUUUGAUAUAAUAAAAAAGGAAAAAUAACUAAUGGAAUAUCAUACAUUAAAUUAAAACAUUUUUUUAUUUGAAUCUUUUUCGUGUAUGUCAAAAUAUUUGUUUUCUUUACCUACAUAAAAUAUGUCAAAAAGAUCGUCGAGACCUAUUGGUUUACUACUCUGAAUCACUCUUAAAAGGUGUGUUGAAAUCUAGCCAACAUAAAAAGUACUUUUUGUCAAUUUAUUAUUUAUAUUUCUGAUAGCUGUUCCCGGGACUUCAUCCGCGUGGAAUUUAACUUUA